AUGCCUUCCCUUAAUCCUUCGUUGGAUCGAACUAAUGUGGAUCAGUUUUACAUGAAUCCAAAUAAUUAUCCAUUGAUGUCUCAGCAAAUGCCAAUAUCGAACAUGCCAAUAAAUGGACAACAUAGUAUGAAUUUUAAUCAGAUUAGUUCUUCACCACAACAAUAUCAAUCCUCACUCAACAAUUCAUCGUCUCAUUCUUCUCAUCAUUCCAGUUCAAAUAGUUUAUCAUCGAGUAUGAAUAAACCAAAACGUUUAACGUUUCUUCAAGUUAUUGCAAUCUACAAUGAAAUAACAAAUGUAUGGCCAACAGAAAAAUGGCUUACAUUUAUGAAUAGCAAUACAGAUGAAACUUUUCUCACGUUAAAUUGUCCACAUUCGAUGACAAUACAAAUGGCUAUUGAUCGACAUUAUUUAUUAACAAAAAAGCAAUAUUUAAGCAAAUUGCCAGAACGUUUAUUAAUUAAAAAUAGUCAGCAAAAUCCAGAAAUAUUUAUUACACCAAAUUCUACAAUAUCACUUGAAAACUUAUUUUUAAAUGAAAAUGAUACUGGUAAUGUAGUAACAUAUAAACUAAUGGCAAUUAUAUGUGGAAAUAAUCCGGAUAUGAUGUUUUAUCGAGAACCAACAACAGACUAUUGGUAUUUUUAUAGAAACGAAGCAGAACAAGCCACUUUAUCCGUAAGAUUAUCAGAUGAAAAUAAAAAAUUAUUAGACAGUUUAAUUCAAGAAGAAAUUCAUCCAAUUACAAAUUUAUAUGGAUUUGAUAAAUCACUAGCAACUAUAUUCACGACUCCACAAUUUUAUGUUUAUCAACCAGUUAUAUGA